AUGAGCAGCUUUAGCUGGACAGAUGUUAUCCAGCAGCAUCAGGGCUGAAACUGACUCCUGUUUCCUCCCUCUCAGCGGCUCUGACUGUGAGUCCCAGCAGCUCUCAGUUCUUCAGAGGAGCCUCUGUGUCUCUGAGCUGUGAGGAGGACGGCAGCUCUGCUGGAUGGACUGUGAGGAGGAACACCAGCAGAGGAACCAGGACCCAGUGUGGACCAGACUGGGGGAACCUGACCGGUUCUGUCUGUAGGAUGAGUUUUGUCUUUGAAAGUGACAGUGGUGAAUACUGGUGUGAGUCCGGCGGGGGGGCGGCCGGUCCCAGCACCCCCCUCACUGUCUCUGGUGGACCAGUGAUCCUGCAGAGUCCUGUCCUCCCUGUGAUGGAGGGGGGGGCCCUCAAUCUGAGCUGUACAGCACGCCCCCCCCCCUCCAGCCCCACAGCUGCUUUAUUCUAUAAAGAUGGCUCCCUCAUCAGGACGGAGCCUACAGGUCACAUGACCCUCCGGCCUGUUAGCAGGUCUGAUGAAGGCCUCUACAGCUGCUCCAUCGGGGGGGACACGUCCCCCUCCAGCCGGGUCCGGGUCACAGAGAAACCUCCAACCACGGCCCCGCCCACCUCUAUGGCCCCGCCCAUCAACAUCACCACCACAUCUGCCCGUCCUCCUGAUUGGUUGUUGGCCGUUUGUGUGAGUUCUGCGGUUUUUCUGCUGGUUCUGGUUCUGGUUCUGGUUCUGCUGUGGAGACGACGUGUCCAAAGGAAACCUGAAGGUGAGACAUACAUCAAAGACUUCCAGGCAAAGAUUACAAUUAUAUGA